AUUGCCCACCAGAACACACUGGAGUGGCUCACACAAUAAAUAGCCUAGGCCCCAAGAAGAAGAAGAAGAAGAAGAGGAGGAGGAGGAAGUAAAGAGAGCGGGCUCCCCCUCCAUCUCGGCUUCUCUCAGCCGCAGAGGCAGAGCAGAGCAGUGCGGCUAGCUUGAGCUCCAGCUUGUUGAUUAAUGGCGAUAGGGGCGUUCGUGGAAGGGCCGACGGGCGGCGCCGCCGCAGCGGCUGGGUACAACGGGCGCGUGACUUCCUUCGUGGUGCUCUCUUGCAUCGUCGCCGGCAGCGGCGGCAUCCUCUUCGGCUACGAUCUCGGAAUCUCAGGUGGAGUGACGUCGAUGGAGUCGUUUCUGAAGAAGUUCUUCCCGGAGGUGUACCACCAGAUGAAAGGGGACAAGGUGGACGUGAGCAACUACUGCCGCUUCGACAGCGAGCUGCUCACCGUCUUCACCUCCUCCCUCUACGUCGCCGGUCUCGUCGCCACGCUCUUCGCAUCCUCCGUCACCACCCGCUACGGCCGCCGCGCCUCCAUCCUCAUCGGCGGCUCCGUCUUCAUCGCCGGCUCCGUCUUUGGUGGCGCCGCCGUCAACGUUUACAUGCUACUCCUCAACAGGAUCCUCCUCGGCAUCGGCCUUGGCUUCACAAAUCAGUCGAUUCCGCUGUACCUUUCAGAAAUGGCGCCGCCGCAGUACCGCGGCGCCAUCAACAACGGCUUCGAGCUCUGCAUCAGCAUCGGCAUCCUCAUCGCCAACCUCAUCAACUACGGCGUCGCCAAGAUCGAAGGCGGCUGGGGCUGGCGGAUCUCGCUCUCCAUGGCCGCCGUUCCCGCCGCCUUCCUGACCGUCGGCGCCAUCUUCCUCCCAGAGACCCCCAGCUUCCUCAUCCAGCGCGGCGGCGGCAACACCGACGCGGCGAAAGCCAUGCUCCAGCGGCUGCGCGGCACGGCCGGCGUCCAGAAGGAGCUCGAUGACCUUGUCGCCGCAGCCGGAGCCGGACAACAAGGCCGCCCGUUGAGGACGCUCCUGGGGAAGAAGAAGUACAGGCCGCAGCUGGCGAUGGCGAUCCUGAUCCCCUUCUUCAACCAGGUGACCGGCAUCAACGUGAUCAACUUCUACGCGCCGGUCAUGUUCCGGACCAUCGGGCUCAAGGAGAGCGCCUCGCUCAUGUCGGCCGUGGUCACCCGGCUCUGCGCCACGGCCGCUAACGUCGUGGCCAUGGUCGUCGUCGACAGGUCCGGCCGCCGCAAGCUCCUCCUCGCCGGCGGCGUCCAGAUGAUCCUGUCCCAGUUCGCCGUGGGCGCCAUCCUCGCCGCCAAGUUCAAGGACCACGGCGCCAUGGACAAGGAGUACGCGUACCUGGUGCUCGUCAUAAUGUGCGUCUUCGUGGCCGGGUUCGCCUGGUCAUGGGGGCCGCUCACUUACUUGGUUCCGACAGAGAUCUGCCCGCUGGAGAUCAGGUCGGCCGGGCAGAGCGUUGUGAUCGCAGUGAUCUUCUUGGCGACCUUCGUGAUCGGGCAGACAUUUCUCGCCAUGCUUUGCCAUCUGAGGUCCGGGACGUUUUUUCUGUUUGGGGGCUGGGUGUGCUUGAUGACGCUGUUCGUCUUCUUCUUCCUGCCGGAGACGAAGCAGCUGCCCAUGGAGCAGAUGGAGCAGGUCUGGAGGAGGCAUUGGUUCUGGAGAAGGGUCGUUGGGACGGAGGAGGAAGAAGACGAUGUCAUGAGUGCAGAGACUGCUGCUGCAGGAAGUGCCAUAGCUUUGUCCUCCAGCAGAGGACGUAAUUAGUUAGUGACCUUCUUCUACCACACAAUGAUCAAGAGAUUCCCAUAAUCAAAUUCUUGUUUGUAUGUAUAUAUGUAUGUAUGUAUCCUAACUCGUUACAUAUAUAGUUCGAUCAGCGCUCAUGUGUGUCAGUACGUAUGUAACAUGGAUAAACCACAUUGUAUCAAUCUGAAUAAAUGCCGCUGCUGGAGAGUUUAUUUCA